AUGAAGCGAAGAAGCGAGUGGAGGAAAUUCGAUCCAGCGCUUCGUAAGUUCGCAACGGCGGUGGAUUUACGCAAGAGCAAGAUCUCAGAGCUUCAGGAGCAGCGGAUCGUGCCGAGGCCACCCGGGUCAGACGCAAUGAAAGACAGCGCGAGAGAAGAGCUCGGGCCCGCCGGGAACAAGCUGCUUCCGGAGCAGAAGCUAAAGAAAACGAGAACGGAGUAG